GGCGGGAGCAGCCCCGUCGGCUGGGUGCGGUGUGCGGCGGGCGUGGCCUGGGGAGACUCAGCCGCCGACAUGCCCGGGAUAGACAAGCUGCCUAUCGAGGAGGCGCUGGAGGACAGUCCUCAGACACGAUCUUUGCUAGGUGUAUUUGAAGAAGAUGCUGCUUCAAUUUCCAGAUAUAUCAACCAGUUGUAUAAAGCUAUGCAUCGAAUUUAUGAUGCGCAGAAUGAACUCAGUGCAGCAACACAUUUGACUUCAAAGCUUCUAAAAGAAUAUGAGAAGCAGCGCUUUCCUUUGGGUGGUGAUGAUGAAGUUAUGAAUUCUACUCUUCAGCAGUUUGCAAAAGUGAUAGAUGAGCUCAGUUCUUGUCAUGCAGUACUAUCAACUCAAUUAGCAGAUGCCAUGAUGUUUCCCAUCACACAGUUCAAAGAAAGAGAUCUAAAAGAAAUUCUGACUUUAAAAGAGGUUUUCCAGAUCUCCAGCAAUGAUCAUGAUGCUGCUAUUACCAGAUAUAGUCGACUGUCAAAAAAAAGAGAGAAUGAGAAGGUCAAAUAUGAAGUUACAGAAGAUGUAUAUACUUCCCGGAAGAAACAACAUCAGACUAUGAUGCAUUAUUUCUGUGCAUUAAAUACACUACAGUAUAAGAAGAAAAUUGCUAUGUUGGAACCCUUGCUAGGCUAUAUGCAGGCUCAAAUAAAUUUCUUUAAGAUGGGCUCAGAAAACCUUUCUGAACAGCUGGAAGAAUUUUUAACAAAUAUCGGGACAAGUGUGCAGGACGUUCGCAGGGAAAUGGAUCGUGAAGUAGAGACGAUGCAGCAAACUAUAGAAGACUUGGAGAUAGCCAGUGAUCCGCUCUAUUUACCAGAUCCUGAUACUACAAAAUUUUUGGUUCAAAGAAAUCUUACUCGCAAGGCUGGUUAUCUUAAUGCAAGAAAUAAAACAGGACUGGUAUCUUCCAGUUGGGACAGACAGUUUUACUUCACACAGGGUGGAAACCUAAUGAGCCAGGGAAGAGGUGAAGUAGCUGGAGGACUUGUCAUGGAUAUAGACAAUAGUUCGGUAAUGGCUGUGGAUUGCGAAGACAGAAGAUACUGCUUUCAAAUAACAUCUUUUGAUGGCAAAAAGUCUUCAAUUUUGCAAGCUGAGAGCAAAAAAGAUUAUGAAGAAUGGAUAUGCACAAUAAACAAUAUCUCCAAACAGAUUUACCUCAGCGAAAACCCGGAGGAAAUUGCUGCCCGUGUAAAUCAGUCAGCUUUAGAGGCUGUCACUCCCUCUCCUUCCUUCCAGCAGAGACAUGAAAGCAUGAGGCCAACCAUACAGCCUCGGCCUCCCACAAAUCGUACUAGUAGUGCUGGGUCUUUGGGAUCUGAUUCAGCAUCACUGUCUGCACUUUCCUUGGACUCGCUCGUUGCACCUGACACGCCUAUACAAUUUGAUAUCAUUUCUCCAGUAAGUGAAGACCAGCCUGGUCAAGUAAAAACCCCAGGCCAGUCAGGCAGACGUACAAAUCCUUUUGGAGAAUCUGGCGGAACCAAAUCAGAAACAGAAGAUUCUAUCCUUCACCAGCUAUUUAUUAUAAGGUUCCUUGGAUCUAUGGAAGUGAAGUCAGAUGAAAGUCCUGAUGUUGUUUAUGAAACAAUGCGUCAAAUACUAGCAGCUCGAGCUAUACAUAACAUUUUCAGAAUGACAGAAUCACAUUUGUUAGUUACAUGUGAUUGUUUAAAGUUAAUUGAUCCACAAACACAAGUUACAAGACUCAGGUUUCCUUUGCCAAAUAUAGUUCUGUAUGCCACACACCAGGAGAACAAGCGUCUUUUUGGAUUUGUUCUUCAUACUUCAGCAGGAAGAGCAGAUAGUAGACCAACUUCAGUGUGCUACAUAUUUGAAUCAAAUAAUGAAGGGGAAAAGAUUUGUGAUUCCGUGGGACUUGCAAAACAGAUUGCAUUUCAUGCUGAAUUGGAUCGUAGAUCAUCAGAAAAGCAGAAAGAAAUAGAAAGAGAAAAGGAAAAACAGCAAAAAGAGCUCAAUAAACAGAAACAAAUUGAAAAGGAUUUAGAAGAGCAAAGUCGAUUAAUUGCUGCUUCAAGUCGAUCCAACCAGAGUGUCGGUGAAGGACAGUUUGUAGUUCUUAGCAAUAGCCCCUCAGAAGACAGUGAUUUGGGUGAAGAUGGAAAGAAGAAGCGAGAAUCUGAUGCGUGAAACAACUUCAGUGCAAGCCUUUGAACCUCUUGUUUGAGAUGAUAAAUUGCAAAUCCCAUAAGAAACAAAGGUGGAGGGUUUGAUUUAUUAGGUAGAACUCCGUAUUCUCACUCAUUAAGGUUGAUCUUUCUUAAAUUGCUCAGUGUAAAUACGGAUUUUUUUUUUCCUUAUAACAUAAAGAAUCGUGGUAAAAUGCUCAUGGCUAUAGCAGGUUUGGAUAUUACAGAGCUUAUUCUAUUUCACUUACCUAGCUCUUCUGGUGAUUAAAUGAGAAAGAAAUUUGUGUAACUGUUAAGCUUAAGAAAUAGGUAGAAAAUCUUUAUAUUCAACUUCUUUUCUCAGUUUUCAGAGAUGUUAAUUGUUUUAGUCUGCUGUAGUAAAAUAGUCUUGUUCUACUUUUAAAUACUAACAUUCAAUCUGAUAAAAAUGGAGUCAUAUUAGUCUUCAAAGUGCCCUAAGUCUCUGAAUAAAAAGCCAGUUUUGAUUCCUAAAAAUGACUGGGGUCAGUAAUGGCAGCAUCCUGAUAAUUUUUAGUUAAUGUUUUUGAUAGUAAAGUGAUAGUAAAGUGCUGGGGCAGGAGUGUACGAGUUCAAGGAAACCAGUGACACUGCGAUACUAUUUUUAGAUGAAAUAUGAGAAUAUCAUUUUUACUUGAAAUUGUACCAGCCAUUAGUGAUCUUGGCUUCUCUGUAUACAGGGAGCACUUUUGUGGAGGGUGGCAAAAGACAUUCACCCAAACACUGGAAAGUAGUUUGGAGUGCCAGUGCACUGUGUAUAUUUGUAACAUUAUACAAAUUGAUUUUUAAAUGUCUAAAUGAUAUAUGCAUACAUUUCUAACAGAACUGCCAUGAUUAUUGAAAUCAAAUUUUAUAUGUAUCUUCUCAUUAGCAAAAGUUUGAGAUUAUGUUGGUGAUAGAAUUAUUUGCAUGGAAAAAUUGUCAGAUAAUUUUUUUUCAACAUCUGUUGUCAUAUUUAACCUAAAUUCAUUUUGCAGAACUUAAACAAAUCCACAUGUAAUAGAAAUACGUACAAAUUGCACAUAUUUGCUGAAUCUGAGAAAAAUUAGACAGGUACUUGUAAUUCUGAUUGCUUCAGUUUACUGAUUCAUGUCGAAUGUAAUAUACAAAGCAUGCAAUGAUUUUUCAUUCCAGUACAAGUGUACUGUACAUACAAAACAAGAUGUAUAGGUUUGUCCUCUUUUAUAUUGAAAUAUGCAAGCAGAAAUCGUACAGAAAUUGGAGGCAGAUCAGCGACUUGUGGAGGGAAGACUGUUAAAGGCCAAUUAGUGUGUGCUGGUAAAUCUUUUGAGAACAAUUGGGGGAUUUGUUCUUGUUCCUAAUUGCAAGGAAGUUGAAGACACAUGGAGAUCCAAGAAAUAAAAGAGGAGCCACAAUUGCCCAUUGAGCAGUUUCCUUCCAUUUUUUGAAAGCUUUCCUUAUCUUUCAACUUGAAUAUAAAACUGCAGAAACAGAAAUCGUAUAUUCAGUUUAUUAUAUUUUGGGCCACCUCACUCAAUUUGGCAAUAUCUGUUGUAAUUGUUACACUACAGUUUACAGCUGUGUUAAGCCACAUAAUACUAUGAAAUCAUAAAUCUAAAGUUAAAGUAAAUCAGUUCACUUCAAUUGAUAGCUUGUUAUGCUUCAGACUAAUCAGUUUUGGCCUGUUCUCUGUGUGUGUGUGUGUGUGUAUAUAUAUAUAUAUAUUUCUAUGUAAAGAUGUAUCAUAAUGUGAAUAAUACCAAAUGACCUUUAUUAUAAAACUGUUCACAGGCAAGUGCUCAGUAUAUCUUAACUCUGGUGACAGAAUGUACCCAUCUACAGUUACUUAAAAAAUCCAACUUGUAUGGAUUGUAUUCAAUAGCCAUAUUUCCCAUAUUAGAUUUUCUAGUGGAAAUGUUCUCUAAGUAGAAAAAAAGUUUGAUUUGGCUGCUUGAUUGGUUUAUUGCUGGUGUGAAAAUCACUCAUGCCACACUUUACAUUGUAUGGCAAGAAAUAUGUUUUUGUUUUCCUACACAGAAAUUAUGCUAAUGUGGGAGGAUUCUGGUAUGUUAAAGAAACAACAUUUUUUUCUUCUUAAAUUAGGCCUUGGAGUUGGCAAUUCUGUUCUCAUUCUUCUGAAGGUAAGCCCCAUUGAACUGAGUGGGAUUUGCUUUUGCAUAAACAAGUAUAUGGUUAUGCAGUCAAGGCACAAAUGAAGUCUGCAGUUGUGUACUGUUGCUUGACAAGUGUGCUUUCUAAGUUGCCUUCUGUACUGAAUCACAUUUCUGAUGACAAAAUUGGAAUUAAGAUUGCUAUAUUGGAUAAGAUGUUCAUCUCUGUAGACAUGUAUUUUGCAUGUAUUGUAAGCCAGAGGCAUUCAAUUCAUUAUAUAGGUUUGAUUUAAAAAAUCAGGAUUGUUGUUGUGAUAUCUCAACAAAAUUACUGUUGUUUAUCUUUGUUUUGUUUUCAUCUGUAAAUGAAACAAGACUUUUGUCUCCCCUGUAGCCUUCCUGCAUCAUGAGGUCCUUCACACUCAUGGGGAAAUUGAGUUGGGUGCAGGGAAAUGUUUUUCUAAUUGAUGCAUGGACAUUAUAUCAGGCUAUCAGAGAUCAUGACAUGAUGUAGAACUAAUAAUCCAUCAUGCAACUUUGAGUAAAUAAUGUUCCAUGAUGAGAUUUGUAAACAAGCCAAGAAGUUUGUACAAUAAAUUUCGGUGGCUUUUAUAAUACAGUGAAUUGAUCAGGAAGUAAUGGUUUAGUCUUGUUACAGUGACUGUGAUUUUUUAAAUUGAAAGUCUAAUUAAAACUCUAAUUUCUCUUAAUAUUUGUAUUAAUAUUCAGUGAUUGUCUGCUUGAUAUUGUCAAUUGCAAAGUAAAAUCUAGACACUAAUAAAACAGUUUGGGAAAGACUUCAGCGAAAUCCAGUUAAUUUUAGAGGAUGCUUUUCUACAAUACUUAUGUAAAUAUUUUAUCAGCUUUUCUUCUCCAAAGCACAUCAUAUAUUGAAAACUUUCAAAAUGCCUUUGUGAAAUGCAUUUUAAAUCUGUCAGUAAUGGAAGAAUAUCCAUAUAAUAGAGAAUCAUUUAUUGUACUUAAUAAAGCAAAAUUAACAGCUGGUGUCCUAUCUUUAUUUGACUAGA